UGGACACCACGAAGAGUCCGAAGUGUUCGUUACAGUGGGGGCAGCUACAUAAGUACAACACGGCCUUAAGAAAAGCUUUCAUUCUGAUAGCAGAUCGCAAUCCACAGAACCGGUGAACUUAUGUGCGAUACGCCUUCUACGCGCUCAGCUGUUCACGGAAAAGUGUAGGAAAGAAAAACAAAAUAUUUUCCUAGAAGAUCGGAUGCUCGAAUGCAUUUUGGGAAAAGAGAUAUAUUCACGAAGGAAAAGAAGAGACGUUUGUGAUAUCAUUCAGUCUCACGUUGCUCUCCACCGUAUUCUACUUGCGAGAUUCCGAUAACGUGACACUACGACGAUGGUACUGGUCUUGCUGAUACCUAUAAUCGGAUUUGCGACGGCAAAUCCUCCUCAAGAUACAUUGGACAAUCGAUUAGUCUUUCAAGUCCAAAAAACGCUUUUGCAUCCUGGGGAGAGCCAUGUAGACACAAUAAACGAGAGUCCGGAUAAAGCAGAUAAAAUGGUAGAAAAUAUGAAUAAAACGCUGUCAAACUUAAAGCGUACGACCGAUCGUCUUAAAGAUUCGGAAAAAAUUGAUAGCAAAGCCAGUGAAAAAUUAACACAAGAACGGAAACAAAAAGCUAUACUUUUAGACUAUCCUCCGAUAUCGCGUAUCUCUCAUUAUCCAAGACUCCCCACAUACAAAGUCGACUACAACGACGAUUCAGAAGUUGCGGCAAAGAAUAGAUCACCAGAAAAAAAAUACCAAGAAAGCAAUAUCUUCUACAUUCGACUCCCACCCACUCCGUACACAUUUAUACCCGGCCUCGGAUACAUCUCGCAACCACCUACGUAUUCAACCACCUCCUUAAAGCCUCAAAUACCUCUUGUAACUCAACUACUUCAGCUACCCUACGUAAGACCUGUAGAACGACCUCAGCAAACUAUUAAUCCCUUUAUUAAAUUGCCUAUAGACUUUGUAAGCAAUGGCAAGCCUAUCUCCGUCUAUCAAUGGCAAAAGAAAUCUAACAAGAAACCGGCCGAUAGUCCAAUCACGAACUUGGACAAUCUGUCGGCCGAUUUUAUUAGCAACGGUAAGCCAACCUCUAUUUAUCAGUGGCAGGCGAAUCACAAGCCAAUAAAGAGACCGGGUGAUUCGCUUAAUAAUCUUAAUAUGGAACCUUACACCUUUAAUGGCAAAUUGACCAGCUUGUACCUGCUUGGAUCGGAUGGAUCCACCUCGAUGCAUCAAUCUAUUCGGUAUCCCGAUUAUCAGAAUAGUUAUCAGAACGCAUAUUAUUGAGUUCAUCUGGUCACGUAGAGUAUAUAUCUUAUUGAAUUGAAAUCAAUCGUGAAAGAAAAGAAAUUUAUCCCUAAGAUAAAGAUGUAACGCGCGUGACAAGUAAAUCAAGCUGUGGAUUUGAGUGAAUAAUUAUUCGCGAAUAUCUUGACAUGAAUAAUCAAGUAAAUCUGAUGAAAUUAAUCUUAUCUGCGAUAUAAAUAUUGAAUGAUGUUCCGAGUUGUAGCCUGUAAUUAACGCGCUACAAUAUUUGUAAUUUACUUAUAUUAUCAUUGUUAUAUUUAUUAUUAUGAAACAUUAUCUUAUUAUUAAAACCAUAAUUAUUGAAAUCUGAUUGAUUAAAAAAAAAAAGAGUUAUAAAACAUGUAAAAAAUAUGUAUUGUAAUGUUAUAAGUUUGUCGGGGAAAAUUAAACGGGUAUUUCACUCAAUCGCUUUGUAUGAAAGCUCGUUAAAAGUUAUAUAACAAGUAUCAUUUUGCUCGACUCGUAUGUUGUUUGAAAUAACACACGGAUACAUUUUCCCCCAAAAUUUGGAUUACGUCAUUUUAUUAUUAUUGAAAUAACAGUGUGUUAGAAUUAUUUAUAUUCCGUGCGAUGCAAUUCUGCAUGUAUCGAUUUUCAAUAAUUAAUAUUCUAUAAGCCUUUUAAAAUGUACAAAAUAU